AUGGCAGUUGCUGCAAGCUUAGAUCGCCACAUAUGUGUACUGUUCAGGAGAUGUAUCACUUCACUACCAGCUGUCUGUUCCAGUGCCUCACUUAAUGUCACUGUGCCGCAGACCUCUGGACAAGCUGCAAAGAGUCUAACUGCCAAUAGGGCUUCUAGAAUACUACUGUGUCCUACUGUGCCGCAGACCUCUGGACAAGCUGCAAAGAGUCUAACUGCCAAUAGGGCUUCUAGAAUACUGCUGUGUCCUACUGUGCCGCAGACCUCUGGACAAGCUGCAAAGAGUCUAACUGCCAAUAGGGCUUCUAGAAUACUACUGUGUCCUACUGUGCCGUAUACCUCUGGACAAGCUGCAAAGGGUUUAACCGCCAACAGGGCUUCUAGAAUACUACUGUGUCCUAGACUGUUCAGUUUGUGUUCAUUUAAAUGCACAUUUCACAAAUGCUGCAGUGUGGAACUCCAAAAUCCACAUUGUGGUCAUUAUCCUACAUACUUACACAGACUGUACCAGCCCCAUACAUUUUACCGGUUUCAUUUUAAUUUGGAUUUAACUAUCACUUCAUUAUUAACUGGCACAAUUACCAGAGGUUAUCAUGGGUCAUCCAAAUUCACAAUUAAAAAUCCUCUCUACGCUUCCUACCUGGACAGUCUGGUAGAGGAAUACAACCUUUUGAGUGAAAGCCAGAGCUCUAGUCAUAACACACAACUGACAAAGCACCAGGCACUUAGGUUUAGAUUUCUGAGGCCGGUUGUUGAGACCAUCAAGAGGAUACAGGAGAAGCAAUCAGAGGCACAGGAACUUGCUUCAGCUAUACAAGGUGAAACUGACAAAGACAUGAGGAAGAUGAUGGAAACAGAGAUUGAGAAGUAUCAUGAAAUAAUUGAAGAAUUGGAGGAAGAACUGGUGGGAGUUUUAGUUGGAAAGGAGCCAGCCGACCACAAUGACAUCAUUUUAGAAGUGUCAGCAGGUGUUGGAGGCCAAGAGGCAAUGUUGUUUGCUGCAGAAAUACUGGACAUGUACUGCAACUAUGCCCACUUCAAGGGCUGGACUAUUACAGGACUGUCUGCAGAGAAGAGUGAAAUAGGGGGAAUACGUAGAGGAACUGUUGAGAUCACUGGUCAGGAUGUCUACAAACAUAUGAAAUAUGAGGCAGGAGUUCACAGGGUUCAGCGGGUUCCUAAAACAGAAAAGGCUGGUCGUAUUCAUACCAGCACCAUUUCUGUUACAGUUUUACCCCAACCUAGAGAAAUAGACAUUGACAUACAGCAGAAAGAUCUGAAGCUUGAAACCUUUCGUGGCAGUGGACCAGGUGGUCAGUCGGUCAACACAACAGACAGUGCAGUGCGAAUUACACAUAUUCCCACAGGUACUGUUUCAGAGUGCAGGCAGGAGCGUUCACAAAUAAAAAAUAAAGAACUUGCUAUGAAAAACUUGAAAAACAAAAUGUAUCAAGUAAUUCUUGAAGAGGAGGUUGCCCAAAGAAGAGCAGUUUUGAAAAUGCAGGCCGGCUCACUCUCCCGCUCCGAGAAAAUACGCACAUACAACUUUCAGCAGGACAGGAUCACAGAUCAUCGUGUAAAGGAAAGUUUGUCAGAUUUGACUGUCUUUAUGACUGGGAAUGAAAGACUUGAUGAUCUUAUCAGUGUCUUGGCUGAGAAUGACAGAAUACAGGUUUUGGAGGCCAUGUUGGAGGCAUAUGAGACUGAACACUUUAAAAAACAAUCAGGGAAAAGCUGA